AUGAAAUUAUACAAAAGUGUAGGAAGCAAAUUAAUAAUGAAACGUCAUUUAAUCAAUAUAUCUCAGGGGCAGAAGUAUUCUGUUUUAAACCAUAAUAUGAAUGACAAUAAACCUAGGCAAUUUUCAAACAAAAUUAUUCGUGCUAAAACGAAUGACUCUUUUCUAACCUUAACGAGAAAUACAAAUACGUAUAAUGAAAAACACGAAAAUAUUAGUAAAAAUGACGUUAUUAAAUCUUCAAGUAUUUUAUUAGAUAAAAAUCGAGUGAAUAUUAAAGAACAAAGUUCACCUAUCAUACCUAAACAUUUCGAACAAAUACUUGGCAAGCCAAUACAAGUGGACACUAAUGAUUACGAAACUACUAACACCUCAAUAGAAUCCAAAGGUAUACAAAAAUUGAAAAAUGAAAAUGAACAGAAAGAAACUUGCAAUAAAGGAACAAAUGAAAGUAAUACAAGAAUUAAUGAAAUUAACAUACAAAUGCUUUCAAAAUCAUUACAUGAUCAUAUAUUUAAGAACUCUUGUAAGCAGCAAGUUAUAUCACAGGCACAAGUACAAUUUAUAAAGAAUAAUUUACUUUUGUAUGGGAUCAAAACUGAAGAUGCACACAGAUUGCCAGAGGUUGACAUUAAAAUACCCCCUUUAGAAGGAAAUGAUAUUGAACAACAUUUUUAUAACAUUGGAGAGGCACAAAUUAAGCCUUAUAUGAAUCUUAUAAAAACAAUUAUGAAGGAUAUUCCUCAAAUGCCAAGUCAGUGGAUGUUAAAUGAAGGAUGGACAAGAUAUACCCCUGAUGGAAUAGAAACUGUAGAUCAUCCAUUAGAAGAAAGUAUUAUUUUUGAUGUAGAAGUUUGUAUGAAGGAAGGACAUUUACCAACACUUGCAACUGCAGUAACUAAUAAAGCAUGGUAUGGUUGGGUAUCAAAAUCUUUAGUAGAUGGUAUAAGUAGAAAUUUUGAAGGUAAAGAGAUUACUAUGGAUGAAUUAAUUCCAAUGGAAAGUACAGCCACUGAACAUGGAGAAAAAUUAAAUUCUUUCCAUAAAAAACCAAAAAUUAUAGUGGGUCAUAAUGUAUCCUUUGAUAGAAGUAAGAUUAAAGAGCAGUAUUGGUUGAAACACACAGGCUUAAGAUUUAUCGACACAAUGUCACUCCAUAUAUGUGUAGGUGGAAUUAAUAGCUAUCAGAGAUCAAUUUUAAACAAUAAAGAAGAGACAGAGGAAAAAUUUGACUUACAAAUGCAAACCUCACUAAAUAGUUUAGCAGAAAUUUACAAAUUUUAUUGUCACUCUAAGAUAGAUAAAAAAUCCAGAGAUGUAUUUGUAAAUGGAACUUUGUCAGAGAUCAGAGAAGAUUUUAAUUCUUUAAUGACUUAUUGUGCAAGUGAUGUGAUUGCAACCCAUAGUGUGUUAUGCUGUUUAUUUCCUCUUUUUGAGGAAAGGUUUCCUCAUCCUGUUACUUUGGCAGGGAUGUUAGAACUUGGUACAGCAUAUCUACCUGUCAAUUCUAACUGGCAGAAAUACAUAAACGAGUCAGAGUCUGUAUUUGAAGAUUUAAAUUAUGAAACUAAGAUGACUCUUACUAACAGAGCUAAUGCUGUUUGUGCACUUAUGCAUGAUGAAAAAUAUAAAGAAGAUUUAUGGAUGUGGAAUGAAGAUUGGAGUACACAUUCACUUAAGCUAAAAAAAACAUUUUUAAAAAGAAAAGAUAAGAAGAACUGCAUAGUGAAAGACAAGGUAAAAGAAGAGAAAACAGAGUCUCAAAAGUAUUUAACAGACAAUGAAGAUGAAGAAGAUCCUUUAGAGAAAGAAUUUUCUUAUUUACAAGAGACGAGAAAGUAUUUACCUUCAAAAUUACCACACAUGCCAGGAUAUCCUGCAUGGUACAGAAAACUUUGUCCUAGAAGGAACGAUGAAAACUGGACACCGGGUCCUCAAAAUAUAAGCACUUCUAUGCAAAUUGUUCCAAAGCUUUUAAACCUAACAUGGGAGAGUUAUCCUUUGCAUUACAUAAGGGAAAAGGGUUGGGGUAUCUUAGUACCUUACACUAACGACCUAAACAUUAAAUCUAAUGUGCCCUUAAAACAGCUUUUGGCUCAAUGUCCUUUACCACAAAUGAAACAUUUAUCCAAUGGAAUAAAUUAUUCAACGUCAACAUUUGACAAUAAUGUGCAAAAUGAUCUACAUAAAACUGAAUUCUGGUAUAUAAAGAAGGAAAAGCCUUGUGACGAAUUCAAUGAUAUUUAUAAAGGCACUGCACAUUGGUGCAAUAUCGACAUAGAAAACUGUUGCUACUUUUUUAAGCUUCCACACAAAAAUGGAGCAAGUUGCAACGUUGGUAAUCCAAUGGCCAAAGACUUUUUGAAUAAGUUCUCUGAGCAUGUACUAGCUGGUAAAGAUGCCAGUGCUACGGAGAUAUUGAAUAUUGCUAAAAUGGUGUCAUAUUGGAGAAAUAAUAGGGACAGAAUUAUGUCACAGUUCGUAGUAUGGUUUGAAAAUUCUUAUUUACCAAGUAGUAGUAAAAACACCAUGAACACAAUGCGUUAUGGAGCAAUUUUACCUUUGGUAGUUGCUUGCGGAACGUUAACCAGACGAGCGGUAGAAUCUACAUGGAUGACUGCUUCCAAUGCUGAUCCAGAACGUGUCGGUUCUGAACUGCGAGCAAUGAUCCAAGCACCACCGGGAUACAACAUCGUUGGCGCAGAUGUCGACAGUCAAGAACUUUGGAUUUCCUCGAUGAUAGGAGAUGCUUACUAUAAAAAAAUUCACGGAGCUACACCGUUUGGAUGGAUGACUCUGAUUGGCACCAAAUUCAACGAGACUGACAUGCACAGCGUCACUGCGAAAGCUAUUGGAAUUUCCAGGAGCCAAGCCAAAGUUAUUAACUACGCUCGAAUUUAUGGCGCAGGCCAAAAGUUUGCCGAAAGGCUCUUGAAACAAUUUAAUCCGUGUAUAACGGAUGCUGAAGCCACAUCGAAGUCUCGAAAAAUGUUCACCAUGACCAAGGGGAAGAAGAUUUAUCGAAUGAAACCUGAAUUUAAUGAUCAAUUUGAGGAUAGGGAUUAUUCGACUUACGAAGCGUACAAACUAGCAAAGUUACAUGGUAUACCUGUAUGUAAGAUGUUUGGAAAAAGCAAAUGGGUAAAAGGUUCGGAAUCUGCGAUGUUCAACAGGCUGGAGGAAAUCGCAAACAGUCCUCAACCUGUUACACCGUUCUUGAACUCUAGAUUAACUCGUGCUUUAGAAACUAAGAAUAGCGACAACAAAUACUUACCUACGAAAGUUAAUUGGGUAGUCCAGAGUGGAGCAGUCGAUUUCUUGCAUUUAAUGCUAGUCUCUAUGAAAUGGUUGAUGAAGGAUAACGUAAGAUUCUGUUUAUCGUUUCACGACGAAGUACGAUACCUGGUGCCAUCACGAUACAAGUACAACGCGGCGCUUGCCAUGCACAUUACUAAUUUACUAACAAGAUCCUUCUGCUCUUCGAGACUUGGAAUGAAAGAUCUCCCGAUGUCGGUAGCAUUUUUUACUUCCGUAGAAGUAGAUACGGUGUUACGUAAAGAGUCCGAAAAUGAUUGUACCACGCCAUCGAAUCCUCAUGGUUUGAAAAAUGCAUACAAAAUUCCUCCAGGGGAAAGCUUAGACAUAUGGUCGGCAAUAGAGAAAUCUAAGGGCUCUUUGGGUUCAUGGUACGGUACAAAAAAAGUCAAAGAGUAACUUGAGC